AUGACUUGUCUAGAAGUAAAUCCAAAUCAGCCCGGUUGUACGUACGACAUUCAAUGCGAAGCAGUCUGGCCAGGAGCGAAGUGUAGAAUGGAUAGUAGCGUCGGAACCUGUCGAUGUCCAGAAGAAACUCACGUUGCUCGAGAAACUCGGGACGGUUGGGUCUGCGUGUCGUUAAAGGAUCACAGCACCGGCGCCACUGUACCACUUUACUUCGUGUGUCCCCUCCCAGAGGGUGCAGGAUUCAAAAUAGCUUUAAAUGAUCCGGAUCCUGCAAUGGGAUCAUUACCAGUCGGCUGUACCGUUGGCUCCACAGCUACUGUAGAACCAGUGCUUGGUCUACAUGGCGGAGGGGCGUGCAUCUGGCCUUCCAAAGACGAAUACAUUGGCGAUAUCUACGACUGUAUUCAGACCAGCCCUCAUGUGAAUUUGGCCACGAAAUUCCCGUUGUCGUCAUAUGCUCCUACUGCAGACGGUGUUUGCUGUCCUAGCCGAGCUCUUGCAUGUAUUCAACCUCAAGUGACUGGUCCAAAUCCUACAGAACCCCGUUGGUGGUACAACUCAGUCACUGGUAAAGGAUUUACAAUUUCUGAGUCAUAA